UUAAACGGAGGGGUGUGUGCUGAGGUUCAUUUCAUCUGUGAUCAGCAUCGGCACACACAUUCACACACACACACACACGCUAGUACACGCACACUCACACACUCUCUGCAGCUCUCAGCCACGAUGAGGACCUCCACUGCCCUGUGUGUGGGCCUCUGUGUUCUGCUUCAAAUCAAGACCACUUGGCAAAUAGUGGACAGCAGUUCUUUCCUCAUCUAUAACGAUGACCACUCCAAGUGUCUGAAGGUGGUCGACACGUCCUCAUUCGUGGCGGCCGCGUGUGACCCUGCCGCGACGUCACAGCGAUUCCGCUGGGUGUCCAAUAACCGUCUGCUGAGCCUGUCGCUGAAGCUGUGUCUGGGCGCGCAGGACCUGCGCGACUGGGUCAAGGUGCUGCCCUUCCCCUGCAACGAGCAGAGUCCACUACAACAGUGGGAAUGCAAGAACGACACGCUGGUCGGCCUCAAGGGGCAGCCCCUGCACCUCAACUACGGCAACCGUAACGAGAAGAACGUGAUGCUGUACAAGGGCUCAGGCAGCUGGAGCCGCUGGAAGAUGUACGCAACCAACAGUGACCUCUGCUCCCAUGGCUACCGCGAGACCUUCACACUGGGGGGAAAUGCAUACGGGAGUCCCUGUCAGUUCCCCUUUAAGUUUCAGGAGAGCUGGUACGCCGAGUGCACAGUGGACGGUCGAUCUGACGGACAGCUGUGGUGUGCCACCGAGACCGACUACCAGAAGGACAAGAAAUGGGGCUUCUGUCCCACCAAGAGUUCCUCUGGCUGGGAUGCGGAUCCAGUGACUGGCGUUUUGUACCAGAGGAACACGCAGGCAGUUCUGACAUGGCACCAGGCACGUGUCAGCUGCCAACAGCAGGGGGCAGACUUGCUCAGCAUUGUGGAACUGCAUGAGCAGACAUACAUUUCAGGUCUGACUAACAUCCUAGGCACCUCUCUGUGGAUUGGCCUCAACAGUUUGGACUUUCAGAGCGGCUGGCAGUGGAGCAAUAGCAACCCCUUCAGAUACUUAAACUGGGCUCCAGGUCACCCAUCGUCGGAGCCAGGUCUGAAUUGUGGAGUGUUGAAUCCUGGGAAAGCAUCCAAGUGGGAAAGUUUGAACUGCAACAAAAAGAUGGGCUACAUCUGCCGCAAGGGCAACAGCACUGACGUUACACCAGUAGUCCUGUCGAGCCAGCAGCCGUUCUACUGUGGGGCAGGCUGGGUUCCGUACUACGGUCACUGCUACUCGCUGCGUCGGGAGAAGAGGAGCUGGAGCCAGGCGCUGGUGGCCUGCCACAAGGAUGAGGCUGACCUCACCAGCGUCCUCAACGUGGAGGAGCACAGCUUCCUCAUCUCACAGAGCGGCUACAUGGAAUCUGAUGAGCUGUGGAUCGGGCUGACUGACCGCUCCACUCAGAACUUGUUUGAGUGGUCAGAUCGCUCCAGUGUGACCUUCACCAAGUGGACAGCAGGAGAACCGUCCCACUCCACCAACCUGCUGGAGGACUGCGUGCUGAUGGGGGGAAAGGAAGGUCGCUGGUCUGACUAUAUGUGUGAGAAGGAGUUUGGCUUCAUCUGUAAGAAGAAAGCUUCCACUCAGUUACCAGAGGGGGGCGCUAUUCCCAACACAGGAUGCAAAACGGGUUGGGUGAGGUACUCUUCCUAUUGCUACCUCAUUGGAUCUGAGACAAAAAGCUUUGAGGAUGCCAAACAGACAUGCACCAGCAGUUCAGCUAGACUGGUGGAUGUUGCUGACAGGUAUGAAAAUGCCUUCGUCAUCAGCCUGGUGGGUCUCAGACCGGAGAAGUACUUCUGGCUUGGAAUGUCCAAUAUGCAGAACCCAGACCACUUCAAAACCAGCACCGGUAGCCCAGUCAAAUUCACCCACUUCAACGUUGGCAUGCCAGAUCGUCAUCAGGGUUGUGUGGCUAUGCUGACGGGCAUGUCGGCGGGCUUGUGGGAUGUGGUCAGUUGUGACUCCAAACAGAAGUUCCUCUGCAAGGCGCUGGCAGAGGGAGUGACCAGCACUGUCCCGCCCCCAACCACACGGCCUCUCGCAUGCCACGACGGGUGGACCCCAAAACCCAGCUCACACUUCUGUUAUAAGGUAUUUAAGAAGAGUAGUGAGGAGAAAAAGACAUGGAUCCAGGCUCAAAAGUUCUGCAAGGCCAUUGGAGGAGACCUCAUCAGCCUGCAUUCUCAGGAUCAAGUCGACGCUUUACCGUAUUACCAUGACUCUCCAGCCUGGAUCGGAUUCAAAAUGGAUCCCCAAGGUGGAUUUGUGUGGAGUGAUGAGUCCCCGUCUGACUAUGAGAACUGGGGUUACGGUGAACCCAACAACUACAAUGACAACGAGCACUGUACCGAGACCAGCUUCUAUUACAGUCACUCCUGGAAUGACAGGGACUGUGAGCACUAUGUUGACUGGAUCUGCCAGUUACGCAGAGGACAAGUUCCAAAACCAGCUCCCACUGCAAUGGAACCAGCGGAGUAUAACAUGACCAGUGAUGGCUGGCUGGAUAAGAAUGGGAGUCAGUACUACAUCAACCAGGAGAAGCUCAGCAGGGAGGAGGCCCAGGCCUACUGUAAGAGUAACCAUGGCAACCUGGCCAUCAUCACUGGACACACAGAGAGAAGAUUCCUCAUGAGACAGAUCUCCAGGGGGUCGGAGAACCAGUACUACAUUGGGAUGACGGUCAACCUGGACAAAUCCUUCAGCUGGGUAGACGACUCUCCAGUGGUGUUCACAGCCUGGGACAGGAACGAGCCCAACUUUGCUAACAACGAUGAGCACUGCGUCACAAUAUACAAGAACGGUUUCUGGAAUGACAUUAACUGUGGAUUGCCAUUGCCCUCCAUCUGUAAGCGCAGCAGUGGUUUUGUAAACAGCACUAUGGCUCCCACUACAGUCCCCAGGGGGUACUGCGCCCCAGAGUGGACCGCUUUCCAGGGAAAGUGUUAUAAAUUCGUAGGCCAGGACAAUAGGAAAGCGUGGCAUGCAGCUCGUGACUUCUGCAUCAAACAGGGAGGGAACUUGCUGUCCAUCGCCAACCACCAAGAGCAAGCAUUCCUGACCACGCGCAUGCUGAGCUCAGACGGGGACAUGUGGACUGGCCUGAACGACGUCAACUGGGAGAUGCGCUUCCUGUGGACGGACGGAAAGCCUGUGACCUUCACGAACUGGGCUAAAGGUCACCCAGUGUCCUACCCUGGAAGCAUGAUGGGAGAUGAAGAGUUUGACUGCGUUGUCAUGGUGAGGAGUCCGCCCUCAGUGGUGGGGGUGUGGAAGGUGGAGGACUGCCAUGCUUCACGAGGCUUUAUCUGCAAAAGAAAUCUGGACUCUCAGAUUGCAGCUCCUGUAACCACGGCGACCCCACAUAACUACUUCCGUCUGGGGAACGACUCGUAUAAGGUGCAGACGGAGCGCAUGAGCUGGGACGAGGCGCGGAGGCAAUGCAAGGCAGACGACGCCGAUCUGGCCUCCAUCCUCGACUCCAUCAGCCAGGCCAACACCAUCCUUAGGACACACACGCUCAAACAGCCUGUGUGGAUAGGACUGAACAGCAACCUGUAGGUGGGGUCCAGAGGAACCCAGAGC